AUGAAUUCCUCUUCGGCAAUGCGUCGGUAUCCGCACAGUUUUUCCAUUGAACAAAUUUUGGCUAAGCCACAAGUUCCCAGUGCGAGUUCCUUUCAACUGAUUUCAAGUGGUUCGCCUCAGGGGCAGGACGACGGUGGUCGUGGCAGUAUUUGUGAUGUUUCCAGAGCUUCAAGUCCAGCCACAUCGAGUUGCCAGGAGGAUACUCUGGACGACGGCAAAAGUGAUAUUGAAUUGACUUCUGACGACGGCAACGCCCUUGGCGAUGAUCGUAAAAAACGGCCAAGAACUGCUUUUUCGGCUGCCCAAAUAAAGGCUCUGGAAACGGAAUUCGAGAGGGGGAAGUACCUGUCGGUGGCCAAAAGAACAGCCUUGGCCAAGCAGCUUCAAUUGACGGAAACGCAGAUAAAAAUCUGGUUCCAAAACCGACGCACCAAGUGGAAGCGCAAGUACACCUCGGAUGUGGAGACACUGGCCUCGCACUACUACGCUCAGCUGGGUAUCGGUGGAUUGGCCAGGCCCAUGGUGGUGGGUGAUCGUCUGUGGCUCUUUAGCCAGACGCCCACGGGACCCACGCCCAUUCAGUCGAUAAUGCUGAACGGCAGCGGAUCGGCUGCUCCCCUGGCGGCUGCAACCGGCGCUGGGCCGGGUCCAUCCAUGCGUUCCUAUACUGCCAACGGCGGAAUGCCACCUUUGCCAGGACCUAGUGUGAUGGAGAGUGCUCGAAAUGCAAUCCUGGCCCGAGGACAGCCACUCAAUUUUCCGAUGCCCUUUGGAGUGGCCAAGCCACCAGUCGGAGGACUUCCAUCUGGCAGCUAUAUACCGCGUUGCAAGUCCUAUGCCGGCAGUUACGUGGACUUCUCCACGCCUCAUCCCCAAAGCGAGGCCUACCUGCAGCUCAAGUAUGCCGCACUGCCGCCAGAAACGGAAACUGGAUCCACGAACGGCUUGGCGGAGCUGGAGCGGGUCUUUGGCGAUGCCAACGCGAACUUCCUACAGCACCGGAGCACCCCAGUUUCGGGCAGCACAACAUCCUAUGGCCACGAGGGCCUAAUUCAGGCCCAGAGAAGCCGCAGACCCUCACAGUCGGAGUCCGAGUGCAGCGACAUCGACUGUGAGCAGCUGGACGAGGAGGAGGAGGCGACUGUUGUGGAGUAG